AUGGACGCCCAGCAGCAGCAGCAGCAGCAGCGAGCCGGUGCACCACAGCCGCCGGCGGGCGGAGGCGGUGACUACUCGGCUAUUUUCAUCGUUCUAUGUUCCUUUAUCGCUAUUGCCGCAAUGGUUAUAGUUCCUUCAGCCUCAAAUUUAAACCAGAGUUUGUCUAUUUUGCAUCAAGUUCCUGAAGGUCACGUUGGGGUCUAUUGGAUGGGAGGUGCCCUCUUGAAUACAAUCACUGAUCCAGGUUUCCAUUUGAAAUUGCCUGUGAUAACCCACUUUGAGCCUAUUCAAGUGACUUUGCAGACAGAUUUGGUGAGAGACAUCCCUUGUGGAACAAAAGGAGGUGUAAUGAUUAGCUUUGAGAAAAUAGAAGUUGUUAAUCGUCUUCGCAAGGACUAUGUAUACGACACAUUACUCAACUACGGCGUUCAGUAUGACCACACGUGGAUAUAUGACAAAAUCCACCACGAGAUUAAUCAAUUCUGUAGUGCUCAUUCCCUUCAACAAGUUUACAUUGAUAUGUUCGAUCAGAUUGAUGAUAAAAUGAAAGAUGCCCUUCAGGCAGACUGCACUCGUUAUGCUCCUGGUAUUGAAAUUAUAAGUGUGCGUGUCACGAAGCCUAAAAUUCCUGAUAGUAUAAGGAGGAAUUUUGAGCAGAUGGAAGAGGAGCGCACCAAGGUAUUGAUUGCCAUGGAGAAACAAAGAGUUUCUGAGAAGGAAGCUGAAACUCAAAAAAAAAUUGCUGUUAGUGACGCUGAAAAGAAUGCUCAUGUCAGUAAGAUUCAGAUGGAACAAAAGCUAAUGGAGAAAGACAGUUUGAGGAGGCAGGAAGAAAUUUCUAAUGCAAUGUACUUGGCUCGUGAAAAGAGCUUGGCUGACGCCAACUAUUACCGCACUAUCAAAGAAGCCGAAGCAGACAAGUUGAAGCUUACUCCUCAAUAUUUGGAACUCAAAUUCAUUGAAGCUAUUGCCAACAACACCAAAAUAUAUUUCGGCAACAAGGUACCCAACAUGGUUCUCAAUCAAAGGCUUCUGGGUAACUUUUUACAAGAAGAUGUCAGAGAGGAGAAAUCGGAAACGUAA